UCUCACUGGAAUCCUCGUCUCAAAUCAAAUCUAUCCCGCCUUUUUUCUCUUUGCAAAUCUCUACAUCCUAAUGGCACCCAAGGCAGAAAAGAAGCCCGCCGAGAAGAAGCCGGCAGAGGAGAAGAAGUCCGCCGUCGCCGAGAAAGCUCCUGCGGAGAAGAAGCCAAAGGCCGGGAAGAAGCUCCCCAAGGAAGCCGGCGCUGCAGCAGGCGAUAAGAAGAAGAAGAAGGCGAAAAAGAGCGUGGAGACCUACAAGAUCUACAUCUUCAAGGUGCUGAAACAAGUCCAUCCGGACAUCGGAAUUUCCAGCAAGGCCAUGGGAAUCAUGAACAGCUUCAUCAACGAUAUUUUUGAGAAACUGGCUCAGGAGGCUUCCAGGCUUGCUAGGUACAACAAGAAGCCCACCAUCACUUCCAGGGAGAUUCAGACUGCUGUGAGACUUGUGCUCCCUGGUGAGCUUGCUAAGCACGCCGUUUCUGAGGGGACCAAGGCCGUAACCAAGUUUACUAGCUCUUGAAGUUGUGGUUGAAGGGUUGAUGGUAAAGUGGAGGAAGUGUUUCCUUUGGAAUUUGGGGUUAUUAGGUUUUGGUUAGCAGCAAAUAGACUUUUUUUUUUGUAGAUUUUAACUUUUUGGAUGCUGAUAUUCGGGGAUGUAAUUCUGGGUAUUCUGGAUCCUGCUAUCUAGUUCUCAUAUGGAAUAUAUAAUAGUUAAAUUUUCAGUGAAAUCCUGGAAUUUUUCCCCACACCCCCCCUUUUUUUUUCUUUGUUUAGAAUUAGAAUACAUUUACUCAGUAUUAAUUUACCUUUGUUGGGAGUAGUCCUGCGGGUGUAAGGUUUGUUGGGUGAAUGAAUGUCUCUGCUUGCAA